CGCCAUCCCCACCAAUGCUGCGUUUCUUUGCUACACACGACGGCUCGACCGUCCUCGCGCCCUGGGUUCCGCCCAGGCCGAGACCCUUGCAAAUGAGAAAUUCGGAGGAAUCUUCAAACCCACAACCCGCGUCGUUCGCUCAUUCGCGCGUCGGCGUCGGUACUGCCCAUCACUUCUUGCCACACCUGCACUUGGCAUCAGAAACAUCGGGGGAGGGGGAGCUGGAGUGGCUUGCUGCUUUCGGUUUUUUUCCUUGCCCCUUGGGAGAGUCGGUGCGGAGAUUGUGUGUGAUGACACUUUAGUGCAAUACGCAGCAUACUUACUCUGCUUCUCUUCGGAGGGGUGGAUGGUAUCAUUCGAUUCCGAUCAUUCUGGUGGGGAUGGCGCUUCAUCUUUUUUUUUUAAGUUCUUGUUAUCCGCUCCUGUUGGGGUGUCUGGGAAGAGUUUUUUUGUCAACCUUGCUAAUUGGUGGGGUUGUGGACCUUCUAGGUUCUA